UCCUGCUUUAAUAAGUCUCCCCAAGAAGAAAGACUUCAUUCAUCUCACUAAAACCCUUCAAUUGUUCUUUUUUUCCCCCCACCUCGAUCACCGAUCCCAAACAUUCUGUGUCAGGGAAAGGUGUCGUCUUCUCCGCAGUAAUUACACAGAGCAGAAGCAUCAGUUUCUUCAAGAUCUCUUGAAGGAGAAAUUAGAGUUCAUACAGGGAAGAUUUUGAGGAGACGAAAAAUCCGAUUCUGAUGUUCUUGCUUUAUAGGUGCAAAUCAAGAUGAACGAUCUUAUGACAAAAUCGUUUCUCAGUUAUGUGGAAUUGAAGAAACAGGCGAUGAAGGACCUUGAAGCAGGGCCUGACAUUGAGAUGGGGCAGCUCGGCCCCACGGAUGAAGAGAAUCUGGUCCACUUCUUCGAAGAGGUUAGUGCAAUCAAGGCUGAGAUGGAAGGGAUCACUAAUCUACUCUUUGAUCUUCAAGGUCUGAAUGAAGAGACAAAAACCACUCACAGCGCUAAAGUUCUUCGAGGGCUAAGAGACAGGAUGGACUCAGACAUGGUGAAUGUCCUUCGCAAGGCAAAAAUCAUCAAAUCACGAUUGGAAGCUCUUGACCAAUCCAACAAAACCAACCGCAAUAUAUCAGCAGCAUAUGGAGAAGGAAGCCCAGUUGAUCGAACAAGGAUCUCAGUCACAAACGGCUUGAGAACCAAACUAAGGGAUAUGAUGAACAAAUUCCAGUCCCUGAGAGAAAAGAUCGAUUCAGAUUACAAAGAAGGUCUGAAGAGGAGGUACUUCAAUGCUACAGGUGAGGUCCCUAGUGAGGAGGUAAUCGAGAAGAUGAUGAAAGGGGGUGAGCAAGUUCAGGUGUUUCAAGGAAAGACAGACUUGAAUUUGGAGAAUCAGGAGAGGGAGGAGACCGUGAGGCAGAUAAAGAGAAGCUUGACAGAGCUCCAUCAGGUCUUUCUUGAUAUGGCUGUUUUGGUUGAGACACAGACCGAACAGAUAGAUAAUAUAGAACAGCAUUUAGCCCGUGCAGGUGAUUUUAUCAGUGGUGGGACGAACCAACUCAUUUAUGCUAACAAGAUGAAGAGGAAAAGAAGGAAAUGGUUAUAUUGGGUUUGGGCUCUGCUGCUGAUCAUUGUUUUGGUGUGCCUCAUUGUGUCUCUAAGUUCUUGAGGAGAGUGCAGUUUUAAUGGUUGAGACUUUCUAACUGAUUUUUUUAUUUUUUUUUUUCUGGCAUUUAUCUGAUUAAAGUUAGAGAAGAUGAUGCCUUGCAGUAAGGAGUUUAAUUUUGCCUGUAAAUACAUCUUUUACUUUGUGCUCUCCCGGGUGCUUUUCUUCUUGGCGAAUGUAUUUAGCUUUAACUGCCAAUUUGAGAUUAAAUUCAUACCUGCA